AUGUCCUGGAAACAAGCCCUUGGCGGAUUUUUGAAGUCAACGCCAAUGUUAUCCAUGAUAGGAGGAGUGGUUGCCACAGGUACCUACGUUGUUUAUAAAGACUACACGAGGCUGCUAAGGAUGGUGAACACUUAUAAAUGCGGUAACAUUCUUCCACCAUUGGCUGAAAACAACUUUGAAGUGGCAUACUUUUCAAGGCCCACAGAAGAAAAAACGAUUAGCAGCAUAUUAAAUAAUGACUUUUCAAACGAAUAUUAUUUAAUUAAUGGUGAAGUCGGCGUCGGUAAAACACGCACUAUGAUCGAAAUAGUUAGACAGUUAAUAGUUACAAAUGGGGCUAAUAAAAAAGGUGCACCGAUAUAUAUUCAUGUUAGCCAAGGAAAGUCACUUCCAGAAACUCUAGCAGCAGCAGUAAAUUUUAAUUUUGAUGAGCAUAUAAGUUUUAGUUUUUUUCUUGAUUUUGUUUUACGAAUUGAGUCUUUUCCUAAAAAAGACAAUGAAAGCAAAUUAAUUAGGGUGCUGGAUGCUAUUGAAGAGUCUUCAUUUGUAUACAUGCUUAAAACAGGUAAACCAGUUGUUAUUGUCAUUGAUGGUAUCAACAAUUUAGUUAAGCAAAUGCCUGGAGCAUUAGAAAAACUACAAGACAAAGCAAAACUGUGGGCUGAUGCUAAUAUUGUUAAAGUUGUUUUUAUAAAUAAUGAUGAAGAAACUGAAGAAAUACUUCAAAAAAACUCAAGUAGUUGGUCUAGAGCUGCUAAACCCAUAGUUUUUGAUGAUAUGUCACAAGAAGAAGCCUUAAAAUUCCUUAUUGUGGAUCGUUUAUGGGAAACUCUUGUGGAAGGAUCCAGUAACAAAGAUAUUGUCAUGACUGCAAAAGAAGCACAGACAAUUGUACAGCUUGUUGGAGGACGUGUUUUGGAUCUUUUAAUUUUUAAAAGAGAUUAUUCUAAAGGCUGCCCAAUAGCUGUUAUAAGUGAGCAUGUGAAAGAUCGUGAAAGGGAAAAGUUUAUUCACGUUUCCAGGUUUCCCAGUACAUGGUAUGUUAUAUCAGCUCUUCGACAGGCUCCUAACAAAUCAAUGAAAUUGUCCAAGUUGAUAAAAUUAACAUCACAAGAGGAUGUCUAUACUCUAGUAAGGCAUAAUAUUAUCAGAAAUAGUUUUCAACCUUUUAGAGAUUUAGGAUUUGCAGUUACCACUGCUUAA